CUUUAAAACGUUCGUCUUUCCCUUAUCCUCGUGCCUGUAACUCAACCCUACCAGCCUCAUUCCCGAGCUUCUCCGUUUUGUCAUCUCCCUCUCUUCUCCGACACGGUUCUACUCGUGGGUUUGCGAGAGAGGGGAUAAACAAUUAAGACUGACCUGUAACCACUCCAUUUCUUCUUUCUUGAUUUUCGCGUCCUCUAUUUUUUUACCAGUAUCAUGUUAUCGUCUAACUAAUAUAAGAAACGGAACCGUUCGCCUAUCAGUCUCUGCUUCUGCCAUUGUCUUCGUUCCCUGUGGAAAGCAAUUCAUUCAGGAAUCGAAAUUCGGAGCCUGCCUUUCCGUUUUCUUUAGUUCUGUUGCGCUGUGAUCUGCUUUUCCGGGUCGUUGUCCUACAUGAGUUUUCAGCAAUUUAAAAAUGGUGGUGAUGGUUUCCGUGGGGCUACAAAACAAUUAUCCUCCGCUCCUCUUCUAGUUUCCCAUCCUCCUCUCUCUAAAAAUUUCGGGGCUAUGGGUGGUUCUAGCGAGAUCGAGUCUAACAAAUCUGAGAUUGGAUUUCAGAUUCUGAACGCCUCCUUCAUGGACACCAGAGCAGCCCAUAAAAGCGUCGGUGAAGCCGAUGGGCAUUUUCCGGCCGAGACAAACGGCCUGUCAUUGAAACCGAAUGAAGAAGUUGAAUCUAGGAGGUCCGGUGCUGGCAAAAGAGGCUCCAUAAAGCUGUGUGCCAGGGGCCACUGGAGGCCAGGUGAAGAUGCCAAGCUCAAAGAACUGGUGGCUCAGUAUGGUCCUCAAAACUGGAACUUGAUUGCCGAGCAUCUCGACGGGCGAUCAGAUAGGAAAAGAUCGAUUUCAAGUCCAUCGUCUCCGAGAAAUAAACCUGUUCUCACGUGUUUUUCAAAAACAUUUGGGUGCACAGGCAAGAGCUGCAGGCUGAGGUGGUUUAAUCAGCUGGAUCCCAGGAUUAACAGGAGGGCUUUCUCUGAUGAAGAAGAGGAGAGACUGCUGGCUGCUCACAAGGCGUACGGUAACAAGUGGGCUUUGAUUGCAAGGCUGUUUCCCGGGAGGACCGAUAAUGCAGUGAAGAACCACUGGCACGUGAUCAUGGCCAGGAGACAGAGAGAGCAGUCACACGUUUUCAGGAGGAGGAAACCCACUUCUGAAAACAUUCCGAAGGGAUUAAAGCUGACUCUGACCAACAAUGCAGGCAGCGAAUCGAGCAUCUCAAGCACCAGAGACGAGUCCGCUUCGACCUGCACUAAUCUCUCGCUAACCCCCUCGUCCGCCAAACCUUCUCCCUUUUGCUCUAAUCUGGGCCCAGUUCAGAGUCUUCAAGGCCUGGAAACACUGAUCGGUGGAUCCAGGGAUGCGGGUUUUGACAAGUUAUUUGGCAUGCGAAUGGGGAAGGUUGCGGAGCAAUCAAAUAAUAAUUCUGAUUCAAAGUCGGAAGUAUCAGCGUGUGAGUCAGUGGGCAACAACAGGAACAGUUUGUCAUACUCUGGGGAAAGUGAAAGCGUGGGCGAUAAAAUUGACAUGCCAUUCAUUGAUUUCCUGGGAGUGGGAGCUGCCGCAUGAAGAUAGUGACUCAACAGGACUUGUUCACGGAAACAAACAAAAGACAGAGAAGGAAGCAGUAGGUUAGUGGAGCAGGCAAGUGAAUGCACCCCCGCGUGUACAGUUAGUUUCAUAGCAGGGAAAAGCUAGCCAAAUAAGAAAUGUAACAGAGGGAACGGGGCGGGGGGGAAAAAAGGGCAGAGAGAAGUGACUGUGAGAGUUAUAACCUGUGACAUGAUGAGUAGUCACGGAAUUCAGAAUUCAGAAUAUAAUAAUAAAACUAUAAAACUCUCGCAUGCCAGGGGGAAAAAGUCAGAGUCACCAUAACUGUUAAGUAGGGAGGCAGGUCAGGUGUGUUAAUGCUUUUUAGUGCUUUGGCAUUUUGGUAUACAGGAGAAGUCAAAGCAGGCGGGAGCAGGAACAGAGUGUUGCAGUUAAUGGAAGUGGUACUAGUGAUUUAAGAAGAGCACAUUAUUGUUUGAUCAAAGUCUUACAAAGUUACAAGCAUUGCUAAUUAAAAGUGGUGAUCAAUUAGGGUCCCGUGCUCUUGUCCCGGGGCUUUAAUGGGGGUCCCGCGGUUGUUAGGGUAAUGUAAUGAAAAAUUAAACGCUCGAGUAGGGACAAGCCUGAGAAGUUAUAUACUCUGAUCCUGGUGGGGUCUGCUCCUGCAGAUUAACCCACGACCUACCUCCAUCCUUUGUAGAUUCUUGGAAAACGUGACAUUAAUUUAGGACUCUUUUUUAUGUCUAUUUCUAAAUAACAUGUCGGUGUAAAAUAGAAAGGGGGGUCUGUCAAACAUACUCCGGAGAAUUAUUAUUGCCCGCAUCUCAAUCCUUGAGUCUGGUCUAUACUGGCUAUCUUUACGCGGUAUAGUCUCAUGAAAAUUAUUUUUUAAUACUUUAAUUAAGCUGAAGAUGUUUAUGUUAACAAAAAUAAA